AUGGCUACUUUGGGACACACAUUCCCCUUCUAUGUGGGCCACAAGCCGAUCUUCCCAGUGGACACCACCUUGGCCGUCGUCAUUGCCAUCUUUGUGACCGCACUGGUCACCUUCAUCAUCAUCCUGCCUGGCAUUCGGGGCAAGAUGAGGCUGUUCUGGCUGUUGCGGGUGGUGACCAGCUUAUUCAUCGGGGCUGUGAUCCUGGCUGUGAAUUUCAGUUCUGAGUGGUUCGUGGGCCAGGUCAGCACCAACACAUCAUACAAAGCCUUCAGUUCCGAACGGAUCAGCGCUGAUGUGGGGCUGCGGGUUGGUCUGGGAGGAGUCAACAUUACACUCAAAGGAACCCCAGUGCAGCAGCUGAAUGAGACCAUCAAUUACAAUGAGGAGUUCACCUGGCGCCUAGGCAAGAACUAUGCUGAGGAGUAUACAAAGGCAAUGGAGAAGGGGCUGCCAGACCCCGUGCUCUACCUGGCUGAGAAGUUCACCCCGAACAGUCCAUGUGGUCUGCAUGGCCAGUACCGCCUGGCGGGACACUACACCUCAGCCAUGCUCUGGGUAGCAUUCCUCUGCUGGCUGCUGGCCAAUGUGAUGCUGUCCAUGCCCGUGCUGGUCUAUGGUGGCCACAUGCUGCUGGCCACGGGCCUCUUCCAGCUGUUGGGACUGCUCUUGUUCUCCACGGCCACAUCACUCACACCACCCUGUGCCCUGCACCUGGGUACUGCUACGCUGCACACUCACCAUGGGCCUGCCUUCUGGAUCACAUUGACCACAGGACUGCUUUGUAUGCUGCUCGGCCUGGCCAUGGCAGUGGCCCACAGGAUGCAGCCCCAAAGGCUGAAGGCCUUCUUCAACCAGAGUACGGGGAAGGAUCCUUCACUGGAGUGGAAUCCUGAGGAAGGGGGACUCCUGAGCCCCAGAUACCGGUCCACAGCUGAGGGUCCUGAGCCCCAGGACAUUCCUCUGUCAGAGGCUUCUUCUGAGGCAUGGUGUAAGGAGGAGCAUCACAGAGAGCCUGACUGUGCCCUAUAA